AAAUAUCUGUCCACGUGAUCGUAUCGUAUUGAUAAAUUUCAUUAAGACACGGAGUAUUUUACGUGUACUCAUUUAGCAAUUACGGUAAUUAUGGCUUCAGGUGAAAGGAUGUUGGAUUUUUCCGAUCGGCUUUCAGUUGUUUGUUUUUAGAUAAUUUUUGUUUGUGUGUUUAUAUACUAUUUCAUACACAUGUAGCGAAGUACAUAACGUUAGCUAUUACGUAUGUGACAUUUUAGCGCAGUAAUGACAUUUAAAAUGAGUGCGUUUGGAAUUAAAAACAGUGGCAUAUGAAAAUUAAAAUCUAGCAAUAUGGUUAUACGACUUUUAUUUGAGAUAGUUGUUCGGUUCAAACAAACAACUAUGAAAAUAUUUGGAGGAUUGAUUUGUACCAGAUACAACUGAUAUGGGUUGUUCGGCAUCUGUAGAUGAGUCCACAAAGGUUAUACAUGCAUGGGCUAUUCCAAGAUCGGUGAAUAAGAGGCGACAUUGGCCAACACCUGACAAAGUUAUUUCAAGGUUGACACCAAGGAGUUGGACAAAUAUUAAUUUGUCAGCGAUUGGAGGAGGCGGAGCUAGUAAAUCAGGCAUAAAUGGGAGAAAACAAACUGAUGGUCUGUUUGUCGACGAACUUUUUCCGCCGAGUACAGAAUCCAUAUUCCAGAAGAAAUGUCUUUUAAAGCCGGUCGUCUGGAAAAGACCAGCGAGUAUACAUCCAAAUGCGACUCUGAUAUCAGAUGGUACCAGCAGGCAUGAUAUGAAACAAGGUGACUUGAACGAUUGCUGGUUCUUAUCUACAUUAUCUGCUAUAGCCGAGAAGCCACAGCUCAUUGGAAAGAUUAUACCGGAUGACUAUAACAUCGGAUAUAAAGAUUACAACGGGAAGUUUCACUGCAGAUUUUGGCAAUUCGGUGACUGGACAGAUGUUUACAUUGACGACCUGCUACCAACUGUAAAUAACCAUAUACUCUUUGCACACUCAUCCGCACCUGAAGAGUUUUGGAUAUCGCUUGUGGAGAAAGCUUAUGCAAAAUUAAAUGGGUCCUAUGAAGCAUUAGAGUACGGAUUCGAGGCUGACGCGUUUACAGACCUGACUGGAGGACUAGCCGAAUGGUAUAAUCCUUCGGACUUGAAAGAAGAUGAUUUUUAUCUGGUCCGUGCUGCUUUCCAAAGCGGAGCUGUGAUUGGCUGUCUGAGUGUUGAUAAAGAAGGCCAGGCAUUACGUGACAGAAGGGGAAUGGUAUCAAAUCACUCGUAUGUUAUCACUGGUGUAGAGGAGGUUCAGUAUCUGGAUGGUACAGCCAAACUUAUUCGUGUCCGAAACCCUUGGGGCGAUACAGAAUGGGAAGGAGCUUGGAGUGACGGUUCUGAUGAAUGGACCCAUGUGCCAAAUGACAUAAAAAUAGAAUUAGAACUGACGUCACAAGAUGACGGAGAGUUCUGGAUGUGCUACAGAGAUUUUCGGCGGGAAUAUUGCAACAUGAUUAUAUGCAAUUUAUCACCUGACUUUGACCACGACGGCGUGAGUGAUAAAGCCGAAUAUCAGUUGAGCAUGCGUGGACGUUGGAAGGCUGGAUUUAACGCUGGUGGCUGGCUAGAAUGUCCAUCAUUUGUGAUCAAUCCACAAUACAUUAUUACUUUGCAUGCUGACGCGUCAAUCCAGCGUCGUUUUAGUGGUCGUCUUCCUUUAGUGGUUUCGCUGCUGCAAGUUUACCGCCGACAGCAUAAACUCGACGGUAUUGGACUCUAUGCAAUAGGAUUUGAAGUAUUUCAGAGAUAUUCCUGUAUAACGGGGAAGAUUGGUAAAUCAUUUUUCGAUCAAACAGACCCACUUAUGCCAGAAAAUGAAGAAACCUAUGCUGAAUACAGAGAAACAUCAGGUCGAUUUUUCUUGGAUCCAGGAGAAUACAUUCUAGUUCCAACAACUCAACAACCUAAUCAAGAAAGAUCAUAUCUUCUUCGCCUAUUUGCAGUUGGUCAUAUGGAAUGCAGACCAUACGACAACCAUUACGAAGGCGAGUGGGAUGUAGAUCUGCACUGAAGGAAGAGUACUGCAGCUGUUGAGUUAGUCUUGUACAAAUAGCCUUAACCAUUCACAACAUUCCAAUGGGUGAAAUGAUAUUUAUUCCAGCAGGAAGGAGGAUGACUGACGCUGCAUCUAAACCGUACAAUAAAACACUGCUGCAAAACUGUGUAGCAAAACAGUACAGCAAAACAGUGCAGCAAAACUGUAUAAUAGAACUGUGCAGCAAAACAGUACAGCAAAACAGUGCAGCAAAACUGUAUAAUAAAACAGUGCAGAAGAACAGUGCGGCAAAACAGUGCAGCAAAACAGUUUAGCAAAACUGUAUAAUAAAACAGUGAAACAAAGCAAACAGUACAGUAAAACAGUACAGUACAACUGUCGGCAUAAAAAGAAAAGGCACGAUUACUGUUCGGACUGGAAAAUUACCACCAAGUGUCAUUAUACCACCAGAUAUGUACAAACCAUACAACAUUUUGUCCAUCCGUCCAUUUGUAUUUUGUUCCCGCUUCAUAUCUUUUUAUGCCCACACAUAUGAAUGUUUGGGCAUAUAGCGUUGCUGCUGUCCGUACGUCCGUCCCGAAACCAUGCGUGUCCAACUCCUUCAACACUAUUAGCUGAUUUGCUUCAAACUUUCACAGAUGAACGCUCUUGCUAUGCAGUUGAUCAUGAAGGGAUGAACGUUUGCUGUGACAGUUUUACCUUUUGAUAGUUUUGCUAGUUAGAAUAUAGAGAAAUACCUUGUGUGUCUAACUCCUCAAACACUAUUGAAAGGAAAGGCUUGAAAAUUUCACAGAUUAACAAGUUUGAUGCGAAAAUUACCUUAGAUAAUGGACUUUUCCGCGGCCAUUUUUUCUUAAAAAAAAUUACCCUUUCUGAAUUUCACAAACUAUGCCAUAGUGGAGAAAUUUGUUGUGUUCAACUCCUCAUAUACUUUUUAAAGGAAUGCAUCCAAAGUUGCUCUGAUGCGCAAUCUUUUUUAGUCGAACAACUUCCUUGUGAAGAUGGUUGGUACUAAAAUCUUUGCUAUUUAAAGGAUGUCGCAGGAUGUGGUGGCCUCCGUGGCCUAUGGACACAAUUCAAGUUAACUACAGGGAUUUUCAUGUAGUAUCAGUUAUUAGCCUCAUCAGUCCGACGUACAGAGCGCACAAUCAGGAUCCAGGGACACACUUGGAGAUUAAAGGUUAGAUAGCUUAACUUUGUGUCCGUUCCAUAUCUUCUAAAACCACUGGGAAAUUUUUCAUAAAAGUUGCAUCAACAAUUUUCAUUUUGAUAAAACCAGCAUCAGUUGCUAAACUCGUCAAGGCGAUAAGAUCGCACAACCCAGGUCAGUAGGUCCAAGGUUCAGGUUACAAUUAAAAAUCAAAGAUCGUGUACACAACAUUUACUUUGCCUGUACCAAAGCUGCGUAUUGGGAUAUCAGUUGCCUUCGGUGAUAGCUGUAGUCAGUCAAAAGAUUGUCUCAGUCCGGUGUUUCCUUGAAAUCAUAUAAAUGGUACAUAUAUAUGUUCAUAGAAUAUAUUUUUUUACCUUUUUAAAGAUCGUUUUACAUGUAAUUUGACAGUGAAUGAGAGCUACUACUGUAAAUAUCUAUUUUUUUUAAAUCUUAUUUACACCAGAACUUUUAUGAAACAGCUAAAAUGAUACGAUAUUCAGUUAGUUUAACCUUGAGAAUAAAGUUGUAAGAAGCCACUUUAAUCUAACAUAUAUUUUGUACACUCCUCCAGGUGAAAAUGGACGCUUUUCAGCAUAAAUUCUGUACAGAUGGACUAGAUAUUUUUUCUAAUGUAUCUGACACAGCAUAGGAGCAUGGUUUGAUAGCCUGAAUAUGUAAAUAAAGAAUUUAAGUUUGAUUAUAUAUACAUAUCCAUUGUCUUCAUAUAGAUGAUGAAGCCGGCUAUUAAUUCUAAAUACAUAUGUACAUUUCAUUGUUACAAUUGUGAUAAAUAUAUGUUUCAUCUAA